AUGAACGGCGGAGGCAAGAAUGUUUUGAAUAAAAACUCAGUGGGCUCAGUAUCAGAAGUUGGUCCGGACUCAACACAAGAGGAAACGCCACGAGAUGUCCGUCUUUUGCAUCUGCUCCUCGCAUCACAGUCGAUUCAUCAAUAUGAGGACCAAGUACCGCUACAAUUGAUGGAUUUUGCACAUAGGUACACACAAGGAGUCCUUAAGGACGCGUUGGUUUACAACGACUACGCUGGCAGUGGAAAUUCUGCCGGCAGUGGAUUAGGAGUAGAAGACAUACGGCUUGCCAUUGCAGCGAGAACACAAUACCAAUUUAAGCCUACGGCACCUAAGGAGCUCAUGUUACAGUUAGCUGCGGAAAGAAACAAGAAGGCAUUACCUCAAGUGAUGGGUACGUGGGGUGUCAGGCUUCCCCCAGAAAAAUAUUGUCUCACAGCGAAGGAGUGGGACCUUGAGGACCCAAAGUCUAUGUGA